CCCAAAAACCUCCUAAGUGGUUACCGGCCUGGACUCAGAGACAGAGCGCUGACCAUGGCCACACUGGUGCCGUCUUCCAUGCCCUGCCAUUGGCUGUUGUUCCUGCUGCUGCUUUUUUCAGGUGAGCCGGUACCAGCCGUGACAAACAGUGACCUGUCACAGAAUCUCCAAGGAAGCUCUUGUUCCGAGAUCAAGCUGUACCCGAGGUAUGUAGCCAAAAAGCGGGGCUCCAUGGUGAGGUUUUACUGUUACUCAGACUACCCCACCAUCAUGACCUGGUUCCGAAAGCAAGAGAAAGAGACACCCCAGGAGCUGUUCGAAGAAGAGGGACACAUCUCAAAGAUCCACAAUGGCUCUACCCACGUCCUCACCAUCCAAAACAUCCAGUUUGAGGACAAUGGUAUCUACUUCUGCAAGCAGCAAUGCAGUAGAGACUCAGAGGAUGCUUGGAGCUGUGGCUCAGAACUUAAAGUCUUAGGAUUCAGCACCUUGGAACAGCUGAAGCGGCGGAACACCCUGAAAGAUGGCAUCAUCAUGAUCCAGACCCUCCUAAUCAUUCUCUUCAUCAUCGUGCCCAUCUUCUUGCUACUAGACAAGGAUGACAGCAAGGCAGGGAUGGAGGAAGAUCAUACUUACGAGGGCUUGAACAUUGACCAGACAGCCACCUACGAAGACAUAGUGACUCUUCGAACAGGGGAGGUAAAGUGGUCUGUCGGCGAACACCCAGGCCAGGAAUGAAAGCCACCCUCAUCCUGCCCAGCUCUUGGGCCUCACUGCUUCCCAAUUGCCUGGCUCACAGCCCAUCCUUUCCUUCCUGGAUCCCCAGCCAGCAUCUGAAGCUGGACCACCAAUGUCACCUCUCUCUUUAGCCCCUGGUCCCCAGCUCUUGCUGAAAGGCCUGGGGUAGAAGGACAAUAGGGUAGUGACGUGGAGUGCGGAGUUCUCUGGGGAUAGAUUGGACCUAAACGCCAUGCAGAAUCUGUCCUCAUGUUUGGGACAGGAAACAGAGACUUGUGGGAACCUGCACAUGGACUCAGAGCAGACUAGCUUCCUGCAGCUCCCAGGAAGGACUAUGGUCCCCACUG